CCGACGUUGCAUUUGUGCGGACAUGAUUUCACCGGUUACGGGGUGAUGUGGAAACGAGGCACAUUGUUUAGUAAUGCUGCCCUACAACUCACAGCCACUUUCCCUCCUACCGGAUGUCGUAAACCGGACUCAUCUACGUCCACUUCUACGCGUCACCCGGGUCGUGGACGUACUCGGCGACUCGCUCCCUCCACAAUUGCUANGCUAAUAUCUGAUACAUUCGAACUGCGUAGUGGUAUUCGCGAGCCACCGCUAUAUACGAAGAAGCCGAACGGUCGACCACGGCCACCCCGAUGGCAACGACGACUGCCGUACGCCCUGUCCCGUCUCUUUUUCGGUGGUGGUGGUGGUGGUGGUGGGGAUAGCGGUGACGGUCUCGCGCGCACUCAAGGUUGUGCGGCCAAUUGGUCAGCAUUGUUCCGUCGACCGUGGAAUCGCUCCAAACCGGCUGUCCUAAUUUCUGAGACUCAGAGUUCCCGAGCAGCGGCCGAGCACGCCGGCAGUGACAUGGGUUUUAUUUACGAUCCGGAUAUGCGUGCUGGUAUCGGAGCGAUGGCGAUUGUGGAUUCGGUCGGUGGAAGCGGGAGUGGAGCGGGUUAUUCGGGUGGAAGUACCGGUUUGACCGGAAGCACUCUUUGCUCAUCCAUGUGUCGUCGAAAUCCGAUCGUGAUCGAUGUGUACGUGGUCAGUGAUGAUCCGGAUGCAGUUGUUCUACCUCCAUAUGCCUGUUCCAUCACUUCCGCAUCCAAUCCCUUUCCGUUUCAGCCUGUUCCAUCCAAAUCGACACCAUCCACCCUGUCCAUCACCACUAGGUUUGACGCACCCGAUCCAGGCGACCGACCAACGGGAUCGGCGACCUAA